AUGGCGAUAUGGCCGUUUGGUCGCAAGGGCAAGCGGCACACCAUCCAGGCGGAUGCAGAUGUUCGGGCUGGCGGGGAUGUCGCUACGUCACAAGGCCCUCGUCACAGCUUCGACGAGAGGACCCUCGGCAGGAAACCGUCUCUUAAGCAAUCGAAGCGUCUCACAAACCGCUACUCCCAGCCUGUCGAUGAUUUCCCAAGCGAUCUGCAUCCGUCUGUUCAAUAUUCUUUGUCCGGCUUCCGGAGUGAACAAAGCCGACAGGACAGGACGCAUACCUUUCACCCUUCAUCGACUACGAAAUUAGAACAACAGUCGCUCCCUCGAAAUCCGUCCCUCCGCAACCCAGUUCGCAACAGCGAGAAUCGUGCGACAUUGAAAAAGAGGUUGAGCAAGCGGAAGGCAUACGAAAUCGCUAGGGAGCGAGAGGUUCGAAUGAUGGCGUCGAUGCCAAUUGAAAUUCCUCGUCGCAUCGCUAGCCCCUUUCCGGGGGAUCCCGUGUACAUUGACGACCGGCGAGCCGUUAGUGCCCAAAGCCGGCGUCUGGACAGGCAUCGCUCAGAUAUAAGCCUGUCUAUUCAAGAGUCGGCUGCCUCCUCGGUGACUGACUUCUCUGACACCCUUACAUUCAAAGUUAAUGGCUUCUCUGCCUGGACUCCUCGUCCCGUCAUACGCUAUGUGGAAGCUCCUCGAAUGCCGUGCUCCAGAAGCCAGAAAUCUCCCGAGCCAGCUGAUCGAAGAGCCAAGUCGCCUGCCCUUGAGGUCUCCGAUGAAGACCUGCGCUCCAAAAAACGGAUUGAUGAGCUGGCCAACGACCUUGACGCUGCUGCUUUGAGGGAGCUAAUGGAGAGAGAUCGGCGACGGAGGGAAAGGAAAGCGCUUGAAGAUCAAGAGAAGCUUGUCCGCAAACUGCAACGAAAUGUUAAGAAAGUACCUAAAACGCAGGAAUCGCCUGCUCCUCAGGCCCCGGAAACGGCCGAAAACGAGCGCGGACGAGCUAUCCAAAAUAUUCAAUCCGAGUCUCAGCCUACAGCCCAAGAGACAGAAAAAUUCUUAUCCGGCGAAAAUGGAGGUUCGUGGCUGCGAGAGCCUUCUAGAGACCCUGAGCGGGACGGCCGUGAGACACCAGAAAGUGUGCAUGUCAUUGGCAAUAUCGAUGACAGGUCGAUUCGUGAUCAGAAAGCCGCCCAACGCCUUAGCUUUGGCCCCUCUCAAGACAUGACCAUGUCGCGCAGCACUCUCUCAGCUUCUCUCUCACCGUCUAGACAAGGAGUACAUAGUCCGAAUUCGUCACAACUCUAUGGCAUGACACGGGACUCCGUGUCUGAUAUCUCUAGGAAUGUUGGUUCUGAACGGCGAUCAUCCGACCACAGUGGAUAUGGUAACACGAUCACAUCCAUCUUCCGCCGCGGCAGCUCUCGCCUCAAGCGCAGCUACCGUGAACGCUUCCCGACCCGAAGCCCACCGCCCGAGAACAACGUCUCUCACGAAUCAUUCUUCAAGGUUCAUACGCAGGCCUCGCCGCCAGCUCCCUACGCUGGUCCGAAAGUCCUGCUUGGAUCAAGUUCAUUUAAGCGAUCUCAAUCUAAGUUUACCGAACAUUUCGGUGACGAACCCCUUUCGCCACCUGAUUCACGCCUUCAGUCUCCAGAGAUACCUGAAGACGAACCACAGGGAGAAGACCAGGUUCCUGACCUGCAUUCUGAGUCCUACUACCCCAUUCCUGGCUCGGUAGCCGAUACCCAAAGUCGACACCAAUCCUGGGUCGGGGAUAACGUCGAUGAUCCGGAUAAUCUCCCCCUUUCUCAGUCCCUGGCAUCUGUUGAUUCGGAAGGGUCCUGGAUGUCUGGUCAAUUCCUGCGUCGUAUCUCGCAAAGACACGCCAACUCGGCUCGGCAAAGCCUGAACUCCUCUCGGUAUAGACCGGAAGAGAGCCUUGAGAAGGCACGGGAAGAGGACAACCCUGGUGACAGUACGUUUGUUGCCUUUGGGGCCUAUCCGGGUGAAACAGCUGCAGCCUGCAGCACUACUGAUGAUCAGGGCAAGGACUUAGUCGGUCACUUUCAGCCUGGACAAGCGGGCGAAACCUGGCACGAAGAUGUAGCGAGACGGCCAGUACUUGUAAACCCCACGUUGCGGCCCAAGUCAAUCGAGGGACUCCUCAACAACGUCCAAACUCUAUCCACAAUUUCAGCGGAGGAUGAAUUCAGUCCGAUUGAAGAACACUCUGCCGAGGUAUUCCCAACCGAUGCUGACACCGCCAUUCAUACCCAGGCGCGCAAUGGAUGA